AAUCAGAUCCUGAUUUAGAACAAAUUAUAAUCUCUUUAAACCAAUUCAAUGAAGUGUACAACAGGAACCAGCCUAGAAGUUUGUUCCUGGAGGGGUGUAUAUGUGAUGAUGAAUCGAUCACUAGCUUAGUGAAAGAAGUCAAAAGCAUUCAUGUUAAAUGCUUUGAACCCCUUCAACCCUUGAUUCUGACUGGAGGAGAUGAAGGGGGAAGCAAGACUGAAAUAUCUGAGAUAAACAAUGGAACAAUAAUUAGAAGAACUGAGAGUGGAAACUAUAUGUAUAUCUGCAAGGGAGCGAGGUUGAAUGAUACAAAGGAUAUGAAGAUAUUUGUAAAUCCUGAAACCUACUUGAACAACAAACAUCUCCUCCUCAACAAUGAUUUGUACAUCCUAGAGAGAGAAAAUAAAAUUCAUCGUAUCUCCAAAUUUCAAUCAGUUGUUGAUGAUGUAGUUUUCAAGAAGGAGUUGCAACUUAUCCACGGAAAGAACAUGUCGAGGGAUAUGAUGGGAUUAAAGCUUAGGAUUGGUUAUCUACCUGCAUCGACAUAUUUACAGUAUUCAGGAACCAGGUUCACUGGUUCUCUGGGAGAAAUAUUUGAGAACCUGCGCACACGACUAAAUUUUACCUACGACGCAGUUCUAUCAGUUGAUGGAUUUUAUGGUAGCAGGGUUAAGGAGGGAGUAAGAAUUGGUGGAAGAAAAUCCCACUACAAUGGUUUAAUAGGAAUGAUUGAGCGUGAAGAAAUAGAUAUUGCCCUUACUGACAUAGCUCUGACAGCAGAUAGGAAUCAGGUUGCUUCAUUUGGAGGUACCAUGCUUCUACAGCCAACAGUUCUUAUUGUAGCAAAGCCAGGAACGGAUUAUCAGAUUGAUGCAUAUUUUAUUCCAUUAAAAACGGUAUAUCCAAAUUCCAACUGAAAACUCUAUUUUUAAUCUUAAAGUUGAAGUUCUAAUAAAGUUUCCCAAAGAAUACUUUAUUAUUCAUAAAUAGAGACCUCAUCUAGGACUGGGCAUCGUUAACAGGAAUGAUCUUUCCUUUAAGGAAAUAAAUGGAAUUCACAAGAAUGAUGUUAUCGUUCAUUAAAACAAACAAACCCAUAAAAAUAUUGGAACUUUCUAUAAAUUAACGAGCGCUUCGAUUUGGGAUGGGAUGGGAUUUGGGAUGGGAUGCGAUUUGCGAUGGUAAUAUUGGGAAAAGGAUUCCCCUAUAGACCCUCGUCAAUUAACAUAGAACUAAAAAAUGUCUAGCUCUAUCCUCAACUCUCAUCAACUAUAUCUACUUUUUAUUCUAUUCUUAACUUUUUCUCUUUCCUUUAAUGGCUUUCACCCCCUUCCACUCAGCUGAACUAACUGUGCAUUAGACAAGAAAUAAAAGAAAAGAAAAAAAUUUACCCCAAUGCAACCAAACCCAGGAGAGGGAGGAAUGGUUUGUAUGAAUUGUUAAUAAAAUGUAGAUCUAAAGAUGAAAUAAUAUAAAAUCCUACUUUACCA